UUUUUGGGUCAGCGCCACAACAAAACAAAUAUAGAAGUGGAAAUAUAAUGCUUGCACAAUGAAUCUUUUUGAGGAACUGGACACGCUAGAGCCUAGCGGAAAGCCGACGCCGCCGCGUAUCGAAAAUCCUACGCCACAUAAAAUUGCCGUUCUAAUAUUACUCAAACAAUAUAUCGCGGAUAAAAAAUCCUCGUUAGAUUCAGGGGUCAUAAUGAAUCCGCAGCGACGUCGAAUGUUCUGCAUGCUGAUGUUUAAGAUUGUGCAGGAGGCGGACAUGAGUUACUACAAAUUCCACAAUCUUCUCACUUCUCAUCGCUACAAGUUGGACACUCUGCUAUUGGAAGCAUUCGAGAAGGCCAUGUCGGAGUUCUGCGCUAAUGGCAUUGAGGCGCUCUUUGAUUUUUCCGAGUCCCAAAACAUUGAUAAUCUGCUGAAUGAAAGUUGGGGCGUAAGCCAAUUCAGUAUGAUGGGCGUCUAUGUUCGCAGGGUCGGCGUGGUGCUAGAACGGUUCAGUUUCUCCGAAAUGGUGGGCAUGUAUAAGAACUUUUGCACUUACUAUGAGACUGGUGUGCGCGCCCUGGCUGUUGGGCCAAACAAACAAAUUGCAGGUGGCAUUCUGCAUAGAGCUGAGACUCCACCGGCGACAACUGAAGAGAAGACAGACGACAAAAAUGAAGUAGCAUUAAGAAUCAACAAACCGGAGUCUGCCAAUGCAGCUCCAUCCUGUUCCGACGCGGUUGUAACUGAACCCACUGGCAGUAGUUCGAUGGGUAAAUGGGCACCCAAGCAAGCUAAGGUCUUUAUUAACAAACAAUCCGAGCUGCUAGAGCAUAGCGAGCGAAAUGCGCUCCCACCCAUAGAGCUGCAUCGCAAGGUGCAGGAAAUAAUCAAUGAUAUACCGUUGGCAACGACCCCAUACUUUUUGGGUUACAUGAAUCAGUUGCGAGUGCGUGACUAUAAAAAUGCCCUGGCAGCCCUACAUCGCGCUCUCGAUCGUAGCCCGGUACGCAUGAUGAGCCAGGAGAAGGGAUAUCAAUAUUUUUGUGUUAAUUUGGCGGUGCUGCAUGCUACUUUCGGUCAUCGAGACGAAGCCUUAGCUGCUCUUAGAGAAGGCAUAAUGCUGGCACAAGAGCAUGGGGAUAAGCGCAGCUUGAAUUUGGCCAACACUUGGUACUGUCUGCUACGUGAUGAGCUGCCACUGUCCUCUGUCCAACGUAGCGUUGCCGAGGCCGCAGAUACUGAUGGCUCAUUAUUGCAAAAUCACACUUUGGCCUUGCACUUUGCCGUCAAGCUAGGCACAGUUGCUGGAUACCAGCCGCUACGUCUCUUUGAUCUGCUUCAGCGCAGUGAUAAUCUAACCAAUCGAAAUAAUUUUGCAGAUCACGCCUCGGAGGCUCUGGCCCUGCGUUCGGCUGUCUGGUGUGCCUAUGGGCGUCACGAGUUGUCGGCUCUCUAUGCACAGUUGCUACUUGUGGAGCGAGAUCGUUUCUGCCGAGGCUCGGCGAGCGUGGGCAGUGCUUUGGCUAGCUAUGCUUUAUGGCUGCAAUUGCAGGGCGAAAUGCAGCUGUCGCACGUGCUGCUCUAUCGCGCUCGUGAGCAUCUUCCUCGAAUGCCCAGUGCAGAAUGUUGGAUGAUCAGCCAAUGCCAUGUUAUUAUACAGUCGGGUAUUUAUCGUUGUCGGUGGCAUGAUGCCAUGAAGGCCUGCGAUCAGCUGCAUCUGCUCGAUCCCGCCGAUGCUAUGCUUCAGCGAGCAACAAUCUAUGUUGCAAAACGGGAGUUCUUCAAUGCACGCCGUUUGCUGGACAAGUUGGUGUCACAAACUCAAAUGCCCUUUCUUAUACGCAUACGUGUUCAGCUGCUUUUAGGAUAUUGCAGUCUCGCCGAUGGAAGAUUCUCAAGUGAAACUGUGACUCUUCUCCUGGGUGUAGCGGAAGAAAUGACGGAAUCCCAAAUGGACUACGAACUAGCGUUGGUGGAUAUGGUCUUGGCCCAACUACUGCUGCUUCUUGGCAUGCCGCAAAAGGCUUACCAAGCCAUUAAGCACUGCAUGGAGGACGUCCAUAUAAAUGGUGGAUUGUAUGAACGUGCUAAGACUGAUUUCGUUUUUGUGCGCUGUCUGCUUGCCAUUGCAGGCACAGAUGCAGAUCUACGUAAGGCACAGCUGUUGAAAUCCGUAGAUGUGUUGCAACGUGCAGCACAGGCGUUUAAGAAACUUGAAGCCCAUGCCAAGGUGCUGGAUGUGUAUGUGUUCCUGGCGCAGCGCUUUAAUGAGAUCGGCGAGCGCCAGCUUCGCAAUAAAUAUGCAGGCGAAUUUAGACGCUACUAUACCGAACACCCCAUUCCACGCGAGUACCUUGGCAUGGUCUAUUAAAUCACAUGGCAAAGCACCGAUUAACU